UCUCAUUUCUUUCCUCCGUUCUCUUGUCUCUGAAAAGCACCCCCUGCCUCUCUCUCUCCCUGAAGUUUGUAAAAUUUUCCUGGAAAUCUCCAUCUUUCCAAGAAAAUUUUUCAACUUUUCUCGUUGCUCAAAUUAAAUCUUUUGAUUUGUGGAAAUUCAUCUAAUCUACAAUAUUUUUUAUUAGAUCUGUCUUUAUGUCUACUAUAGUUUCGUCAACGUCUUAUUGGUGUUACAGAUGCAACCGGUUCGUUAGGGUUUUGAAUCGAGAAACAAUUACAUGUCCUGACUGCGAUGGCGGAUUCGUGGAGGAGAUCGAGAAUCCGCCACGGGGAAUCCAAACCACCGACAUACAACACCGCGGACGGAGGAGGUUUCCUGCAGCCGCGAUGUACAUGAUCGGUAGUAAUAGUAACAACAUCCACAAUAAUCGCUCUAAUCGAGAUCAGAAUUCCUCAACCGGCCCGCUUCUUCGUAGAAGCCGAAGAACCGGCGGCGAUCGGUCUCCUUUCAAUCCAGUUAUCGUACUUCGUGGACCGGACAGGGCGGUUCCCGGAGCGGAUGUUGAAAAUAACGGUAGUGGUUAUGAAUUGUAUUACGAUGACGGUGAAGGCGCCGGUUUGAGACCGUUACCACGUAGUAUGUCGGAGUUUUUGUUAGGAUCUGGAUUUGAACGGUUGAUUGAGCAGUUAUCACAGAUUGAUAUGAAUGGAAUCGGCGGUUAUGAGCAUCCACCGGCUUCAAAAGCCGCGAUUGAAUCUUUGCCGUUCAUUUUUAUCGACGCGAGUCAUGUAGAACUGGAAUCACACUGUGCUGUUUGUAAAGAAGCAUUUGAAUUAGGAUCUGAAGCGAGAGAAAUGCCAUGUAAACAUAUUUACCAUUCAGAUUGUAUACUCCCGUGGUUGUGCCUUCGUAAUUCCUGCCCGGUUUGCAGGCAUGAAUUGCCUUCUGAUAAUAACCAAGCCAUUAGUGAAGAGUCCGAAAAUGGAGUCAAUGGGGAAGGACAAAUUUCGGGCUCGAAUAAUGAUGUGGAGACCGUAGGAUUAACGAUAUGGAGGUUACCAGGUGGAGGGUUUGCGGUGGGGCGGUUCGCGGGAGGAAGAAGAGGCGGUGAAAGAGAAUUUCCGGUUGUUUACACAGAGAUGGAUGGUGGGUUUAACAAUAGUGGAGGUGUGCCUAGGAGAGUUUCGUUUGGGUCAAGAGGGAAUAGAGGAGAGAGAGACAGGGGAGGGGUGAUUCAAAGGGCUUUUCGUAAUUUGAUUGGGUGUUUUAGCGGGUCAGUCGGUUCGAGUUCGGCCUCAGACUCAAGGAUAAGGAGAAGGAGUAGAACGGCUUCGUUAUUCAAUAUCUCCACGAGGGGGAGAAGGGGUUGGGAUGUUUAGGAUAACAAUAGCAGUGGGAGAAGAUGGUGAUGAAUGGAUGAGAAAAUAUCUUUUCACUGUAUAUAUUGAGAGAGACUGAGAUAAGUAAUAGGGGAGGGAUCAGUUUACAAUAAUUAAAGCUGUUUUCUUGGAAGAAGAUGAAGCUGCUGUAGCAGGAAGGAUCACAUAAGCCAAUGGACAAGCUCUGUAGUCAAUAGUUUGGCAUUUGGGGAGAAAGAAGGUACAUGAUUUCAUGUACCGUAUUUAAUUUGCUAGUUUCAUGGAUCGAAUUAGAGGGGCUGCCGUUUAUUUUUAUUGUUCUAUUUAUAAAUAUCUGUAACCUGUAGCUAGUGAUAGUUUUCUUAUCAUGUCAUUCUUUUUCCAAGAAAUCUAUGAGUCUUAUCCACCGUAUGAAAAGCAUUGUUUCUGAAA